UACAAGAAGAGGCUCCUCCCUCCUCCCCCUUUGUUUAAUUUUGCUGCGGGGACGAGAGGAGUCGCACACACCGAAGCCUUUGCUGUACAAUUUGGCAAUCAAAACUGAAACUUGGGAAAUUUUUUAAGCACCAGUGUUUUAUUGUCGCGCAGAGCACUCUUGCUGCCUUCUACAGACCGCAAAGAUACAAACGUACCCAGUGAUUGCACAGCAGGUGUCAUUAAAAGGACUUCCGCGAAAUCAAUUAAAAGAAAACGUUCUCAGGCCGACCGAGUGUUCGAGAUCAUGGAAACUUCGAUGGCUCUCUCCGACAAAAUCAACGAGUGGCUUGAGUGGGACAAGAAUGACAACACCAAGUCUGAGGUGAAAAAGUUGUUGACAGCAGGCGAUAAUGAAAAAUUGGAGAAGCUGCUUUUGGCCCGUUUGGAGUUCGGGACAGCAGGUCUCCGAGGCAGAAUGGGUCCCGGCUAUUCACAGAUGAAUGACCUAGUCAUCAUCCAGACUAGCCAAGGGCUUGCUUCGUACAUCAGGUCAUGCAAUGACCAGUCGACAAAGCAGGGAGUGGUCAUCGGCUUCGACGGUCGACACAACAGCCGAAGGUUUGCCGAGCUGGCUUCUCUUGCUUUUCUGCAAAAGGACAUCCCUGUUUAUCUGUACUCGCAGCUGUGUCCUACCCCGUUUGUUCCUUUUGCCGUCAACCUGUUUGGCUGUGCUGCAGGUGUGAUGGUCACUGCCUCCCACAAUCCAAAAGAUGACAAUGGAUACAAAGUCUACUGGGAGAAUGCGGCCCAGAUCAUAUCUCCGCAUGACAAAAACAUCCAGAACAGUAUUUUGAAUAAUCUGACGCCGUGGGAAAAAGCAUGGGAUACAAGUAGCUUGCAAAGCUACCCUUCACUUCAGGAUCCACUUUCAAAGGUUAUGAAGGAAUACUACGCAAAAUUAUCUGAAGGUGUGCACGAUCGCCACAGCAAUGAAUCGAGCUCUACGAAAAUCGUCUAUACUGCCAUGCAUGGAGUUGGGUACACAUACAUGGUCGAGGCUUUCAAAGUCGCAGGAUUUAAACCAUUUGUGUCAGUCAAAGAACAGCAGGAUCCCGAUCCAGAAUUUUCUACCGUUGACUUUCCCAAUCCCGAAGAAGGACAAAGUGCCCUUGAUUUGGCCUUCCAAACUGCUGACAGGGAAGGGUGCACUUUGAUCUUGGCCAACGACCCUGACUCGGACCGCUUGGCUGCUGCAGAGCAAGGCCCAGGAGGAGAAUGGCAUGUGUUCAGUGGAAACGAGCUCGGUGCUCUGCUUGGAUGGUGGACGCUCUACAGCUAUCGUACUAAAAACCCCAAAGCUGACAUGAGCAAAAUCUACAUGUUAGCCAGCACUGUCUCCUCCAAACUUCUCAGGUCCAUGGCCAAAAAAGAAGGAUUUAAUUUUGUGGAAACUUUGACUGGCUUCAAAUGGAUGGGCAACAAGGCAAUAGAACUAGAAGCUCAGGGAAACACUGUUUUGUUUGCCUACGAAGAAGCCAUUGGCUUUAUGUGCGGAACGACUGUUGUUGACAAAGACGGGAUAUCUGCUGCCGUUCGAGCAGCUGAGCUGGUUGCUUACCUCGACCAGGAGGGCUCCACUUUAUUGAAAAAACUCAACGAAAUCUACACUCAGUACGGAUAUCAUAUCAGUCUUAACUCUUACUACUUGUGUUACGAUCCUGUUACCAUCAAGACGUUGUUUGACAAACUGAGGACGAUUGAAGGAAAAACUGAUUCAUAUCCACAGUCAAUCCUGAAUGGGAAAUACAAAAUAGUCGGAGUUCGUGAUCUCACCACAGGAUUUGAUUCUACUCAGCCUGACAAUAAAGCGAUCCUGCCAGUGUCCCGUUCCAGUCAAAUGAUCACUUUAGAAUUUGAAAAUGGUUUAGUAACUACGCUUCGCACCAGUGGAACGGAGCCAAAAAUCAAAUACUACACAGAACUCUGUGCCUCUCCGCAGCAGCAGGACAAAGAGGCGCUGCACAAAAUCCUCCAAGAGAUGGUUGACGCAAUUUGCAACGAAUUACUGCAGCCAAGCGUGUACGGUUUGAAACCCAGACCCACCUGAGUGGUUUUUUGCUUCAAGGGAAGGUCAGUCACAAAAAUCUCUCGUCGUAAUUACGCCAGACUAUUGACAUAGUCUAGUCUACUUUUUGUGGAUAUAUUGCUAAAGUAACUUUUUAAAUUUUAUUAACUAUGAUGAUAUACAAAAGUUCAAAAUGAAUAACUAAUCAGCUAGGCGACUUAAAUUAAGUAAGUUUGAAACUGACAAUUAAUCAUUCCAAUGUGUUUAUUUUGUGAUCGGAGAAAUACAAAUUAGCUUGUAGAUUAGGCAAUACAAUUUUGAUAUUAACCAUUUCAGCAACUAGACAUUGCUGCAAAAAGAAAGAACUUAGAUUUGAUCAAUUUCCGACUUGUGUAUUUAUUAAGCUGAAAAAUAAAAAUAAUAUUCUAAUGGA